CUCAAAUACCUCACGUCUCAAGCCGUUCAUCGCCACUCCGCGGCCCCAACAGAGGCGUCUAUGGCAUCGGCAUGCUUUAAGUUCAAAACCGCUAGCUCAGUGGAUGAUUGGAUUGCCAUAUUGGCCUCUGUGAUUCCCUGUGUACCGGUGAUCUACUUUGUAAUCGACGUGGAGGUCGUUCGUCCCGCUGUCAGGGGGGUCUCAGCGUCGUUCUGGCCUAAUGCAUUCCUUAGGAUCUUUAAAGAAUUGGAAAAGAGGGGAAUAAAAACGUUAGUAAAGGUUGCGUUAGUGAGUAAGGGACUUGCGGCGGUUAUUGAGGAU